GGGGGUAUUUGGAAUCUAGGCCAGUAAAUUCUAUCAUGGCGUCGCCAUUACUUACAACCUUUGCAGUCAUGGUGGUGAACAUCGUGAGUUGCCAGGUUCAAGUUACCACCAAGUAUGGCGUAAUUCAAGGACGUAUGCACACUAUAGAGGGAAAAACGCUCAGCACGUUUUUCGGAGUGCCGUUCGCCAAACCUCCUCUGGGCAACCUUCGAUUUAAGAAGCCUCAGGCUGCAGAGCCGUUGACUGGUGUGUUGAAUGCUUCUGACUUUGGCAAUUCCUGCAUGCAGCGUGUGUCGUCAGAAUUUCCAUUUCCCAAAAAUGAGCUGUCAGAAGAUUGUCUGACCUUGAACUUGUACGUGCCUGGAGACAUCUACACCAACAACAGUAAGGCAGUAAUGGUCUGGAUAUACGGGGGCGGCUACAACGCCGGGGCCUCUAAGAAAUCCAACUUCACCAAAUUCUCUGUUCAGGGUGACGUCAUCGUAGUAUCAGUCAACUACCGCGUGGGUCCGUUUGGAUUCCUGACCACUGGUGACGUCAACGUUCCUGGUAACGCUGGACUCUGGGAUCAAAUAGAGGGACUGAAAUGGGUGAGAGAUAACAUCAAACACUUUGGCGGAGACCCUAACAGGGUAACCAUCUUCGGCGUUUCAGGAGGUGCAGGUUGCGUCACUCAGCUUUCAGUAACAUUGGCUGCCAAGGGUCUUUUCCAUCGAUUCAUUUCCAUGAGUGGCACUGCUCUCGGCGAUUGGGCCUUUGGGAACGGGCUUGAAGGCAUAACUACCAAAAUGGGUGACAUUCUAAACUGUAAUGCCUCGGCUUCAGAUACCCCUAAACUUGUAGCUUGCCUUCAAAGAGUAGAUAAAGCACUCCUACUGAAAGCUAGUUUGCAGGCGGCUGCUAAUACCUCUGGGUUUCGUCCUGUCGUGGACGGCGACAUGUUUCCUCGGCCUGUCGCCAAAAUGCUGCAGGACACUAACUCUGAAGUAGCACGUCACUUUCGGUCCCUUGACUAUAUGGGUGGUUUUUUAAACUCGGACGGUGGAGGACUGUUCCCAUUCUUCUCUUUCAAUUAUUCCCAAGGAAUCGAUCCUGAUUUCAUGCGGGACGUGUUGAUUCCCGACGUAGCCAAGUCGAUUUCUCCUCACCAUCAGGCAGAGAUUGCCCAAAACAUACAGAAAACCUAUUUUGCAUCAGCAUCCGGGGAUUGGGGUGCCACGGCACGUGGCUACGUGGAUCUCAAUACCGAUUUAGCGGGUGGAGUUCCCACUAUCGAGUUACUUUCUUACCAUCUGGCGUUGAACACUGCUGGGUCAUCGUAUUUGUACUAUUUUACAAAGGAACCAUCGUUUGGGCACUUAUAUCCAAUGCCAACCUGGUUUCGUGGACCAAAUCAUGCGGAAGAGAUGGCCUUCUUGCUCCAUGGGGAGUUAUCAAGGUCAAUUAACAUAACAUUUACAGAAUAUGAGAAGGAUUUAUGUGACAAAAUGGUGACAUACUGGACGAACUUUGCCAAGACUGGGGACCCCAACCGACCAAUACCGUUAACUGUUGAAUGGAAGCAGUACACAAAAUCUGACAAACACUACAUUGAAUUCGGAGACGACAUCGUCAGCAAAAUGAACUUGAAUCCAAAGCGCAUGGAACUCUGGUUGAAGACUAUCCCGCAGAUAUUGUCACGUGGUACGACACCGUCGCCUUCCUGUGCCAGUGGGCGCAUUGGGACCGUGUUGAUUCCCCUCGCUGUCUUCAUCACGCUAGCAUUAACCUUGCUACGUAUAGUUUGAAAAAGCUCCCAGCAAAUUUUGGAAAGUUAUGAAAUGAAAAGAUAAUGAUAUGAAAGUACCAUGGACCCUUUUUAAUAUUUGUAACUUCAUAGUUUAUAUAAACACAAGUGGCAUACAGUAUAUACAUGUACCUACUUUUUAUAUGACAUUGGAUUCGUGUAUUCCAAAACGUGAAGAAUUUAUUUCAUAAGAUAUACAAUAUAGUCCUCAUUUCAAGUGAACAAUUAAAAUUCCCUAAUUCAUUAUGUGUGGACAAUAAAAAUAACAUAGUUUGAUGA